AUGAUCUCAAGAGAGCAAGAAGAGAUCGUGGAGAUUCUAGAGGAAGACAAGCAAGGAAUUAAAAAGCUCGAUCGACUUGUCAUGGAUUUCGAAGCCAAAAUUGAGGAGCUUGGUCUUCCUAUAUGGGAGUUCCUUGAAGGAUACUGGUAUAAUUACAUGGUUGAGCACCUCUCUGAAUUGGACCCUUACGAUGAAGAGCAUGAUCAAGGCACAAGAGGUCUUGGUGUAAUUUUACAAGAAGAACACAACCCUCUUGAUAGGGUGUCUCUUCUCAUUGGUGCGCAGAUCAAAGAGGUUGAGCUUGACGUGCACGGUAGCUGA